GAUUUCUAAUGUCUUGUAAAAGGUAUUCUACUGCAUUUUUCCUUCUGUUCCUUUCUGUUUCUUUUUUCUUUUCCAGAAAAAAAUCAUUGUAGGUGUGGUACAUUGGAAGUAUGGAAUCAAUCUCUAUGAUGGGAAGUCCUAAGAACCACAAUGAAACUUUUUUACCAAAUGUUGCCAAUGGCAUCAAGGAUGCCAGUAAGAUCACAAUAGGUAUCAUUGGAAGUGGAGACUUUGCCAAGUCAUUGACCAUUAGGCUCAUCAGAUGUGGGUACCCUGUGGUCGUGGGAAGCAGAAACCCUAAACUUGCUGCCGAGUUCUUUCCUCAUGUGGUUGAUGUCACUCAUCAUGAAGAUGCAAUAUCAAAAACAAACAUCAUUUUCGUAGCCAUACACAGAGAACAUUAUGCUUCUUUGUGGGACCUCAAGCAUUUACUUGCUGGUAAAAUUCUGAUUGAUGUCAGCAACAAUACAAGAGUAGACCAGUAUCCAGACUCCAAUGCAGAGUAUUUGGCAUCACUUUUCCCAGAUUCUCUGAUUGUCAAAGGAUUCAAUGUCAUUUCAGCUUGGUCAUUGCAGUUAGGACCAAAGGAUGCCAGCAGACAGGUCUAUAUAUGCAGUAACAAUGUUCCAGCUCGUCAUCAAGUUAUUGAGCUUGCCCGGCAGCUCAAUUUUAUUCCUAUUGAUUUGGGGGCGUUGUCGUCUUCAAAGGAGAUUGAAAAUUUACCUCUGCGACUGUUCACACUGUGGAAGGGACCUGUAGUGAUGGCUAUUAGCUUGGCAACGUUUUUCUUCAUCUACUCUUUUGUCAGAGAUGUAAUCCAUCCAUAUAUGAGAAAUCAGCAGAGCGACUUCUACAAGAUCCCCAUUGAGAUUGUGAACAAGACUUUACCAAUUGUUGCUAUCACUUUACUCUCUCUAGUAUAUCUGUCAGGACUUAUUGCAGCUGCUUAUCAGCUUUACUACAGUACUAAGUAUAGGCGAUUUCCACCUUGGCUGGAGAGCUGGCUGCAAUGUCGAAAGCAGCUUGGACUGCUCAGCUUUUUCUUUGCAACAGUUCAUGUGGCAUAUAGCCUCUGCUUACCUAUGAGGAGAUCAGAGCGAUACUUGUUCCUCAAUAUGGCAUAUCAACAGGUUCAUGCAAAUAUUGAAAAUUCUUGGAAUGAGGAAGAAGUGUGGCGAAUUGAAAUGUAUAUCUCCUUUGGAAUAAUGAGUCUUGGAUUACUUUCUUUGCUGGCAGUAACUUCAAUCCCUUCAGUAAACAGUGCCUUAAACUGGAGGGAGUUCAGUUUUAUUCAGUCUACACUUGGAUAUGUUGCUCUGCUCAUAAGUACAUUCCAUGUACUGAUUUACGGGUGGAAAAGAGCCUUUGAAGAAGAAUACUACAGAUUUUACACACCACCAAAUUUUGUUCUUGCCCUUGUUCUGCCUUCCAUUGUAAUUCUAGGUAAGGUCAUUUUACUUUUGCCAUGUGUAAGCAGGAAACUGAGGAGAAUUAGAAGAGGAUGGGAAAAAAGCCAUAUUAUGGAAGAAGCAAGUGGGUCUGUUCCACAUCUCUCUCCAGAAAGGAUAACUGUGAUGUGAUGAUUGAUUAGUAUUUGUUAGCACUGUUGUAGACGGUUGUUGUUUCUUCUUUUUCGGUGGGUGUCUUAAAUUUUCAGGAAUUUAUCUAAUGUAUGAGUAAAGUCACUGUGGACUUGCUCUCAAGCAAGCUCUCAAUCAAGCUAUGAGAAAUUUAUAACUACCAGCAUGCUACUUCAGAAAACUACAAAAAUAUUUUUGUUUUAAAUUAUAGAGGGCAGAUGAUAAGUGAAAAUUUUUAAUGCUCUUUUGCACAGUUUUAUCACCAAAAAUAUUUCAUUAUAACCAUGCUUUCUAGAUAUUUCUUUGACUCAGAGUAUAUGUGCCAAAGUGCUAUUUAUCAAUACCACAUUUUCUGGGCAGUGUUUCUUUUAUUAAAACCACACUUUUUGGUUAGUGAGUUCAGAAUAUGAACUGAAAGAGUUAAUAAUUCAGGAAAUAAUGAGGUUUUGAAACAACAAAAUAAUUUGUGAUUAUGUAUUGCACAUGUACAGAUGUUAUUCUUGUGUCGUUUUGCACCAUACCAUGAUUUGAAUAUGUAAGAAAAUUUCAAUUAUGGGCUAAUUACGCAUCCUGUAACCAAAAUGUAUUAUGCUAACACGGACUUUUUUUCGAAGUACCACAUAGAUUUUUUUUAGACCUUUAACAUCUCUUUAUUUUCAUAUGAAGAUGAAAUUUCAUAAAGGAAAAUUCAAAACAAUGUUAUAUAAGCAUAGAAGGACUUGCAGGUACAAGCAACUAAUUUUUGCUUUUAGAAUGAUUUGGAAAUGCCAGGAUAUAUAUUAAAACAGCAACAGCAACAACAGCAAAUACUGAGAAGUCUGCAACAAUAAAAAUCCAUUUUCACUGUGAAACUUCCAGUAUCUUGAUACAACAGGGAGGCAUCACAACACUCAUGUUGUUUGUUUCUACACUGGAAUUUCAGUUAUUGUAUAUGAAUUUCCCAGAGUCUGUCUUAAAAUCUUAGUAUCUUCUUGUGCAAAUACAAUCUUCUAUUUUUAUAUAAAAGUCUUACUUUUACAAGUAUCUGUGGGAUAUGCCUGGAUUUUUGAGAAACAAAAUUAAUAUUCUUAUACCUCAGAACUUUAAAUAUAUUGAUAAAUCGUCAAAAUGAAAAUUUACUUCUAAAACUUGGCAUUUGCCUUUCCUAUGGGAUUCAAAAGAAAAUUCAAAAUUACUUAUUACUACUGAUUUAUCAGGUUUUAUUCUUCUCUAACGAAAUAGCCAAACUCAACUUACUACCUUCAGGCUACUCCUGCUAAAUCAGUGAAACUUUUAUUUCAGUGAGUGUGUAUUUGGUCCUGAUUUUCUUUACUUGCAUGCAAUUAUAUUUUUCUUAACUGUUUCUGCACCGUUUAGGAAAUCUGGCUUAGUUUAGUUGAAUCUUCACCUAUUACUUAUUUGUUUGCAAGAAUUUGUCAUGAUACAUGUCAGAAAUAUAGACUGCUUAAUCUUGAGUUUACCCUUGAAAAUCUCUAGUUCUGUAAAUCUCGUUAAAACUGUUCACAAUGAAACCAAUAGCUCCAUAGAACAGGAAUAGAGUCAAACUCUGUUCUCAGUUACACCAGCCUAAAUCCAAAGAAUUCAUGCUAGUCAUUCUUAAUUUCAUUUUAAACUCAAAGUAUCUGCCACAAUUUUAUUUUCAUUGUAGUAUACAUGUUCCUCAAACUUAUAUAUCAGGCCUGUUUAUAUUUGCAGUUUGUUGCAGUCAAGAGACAUUUGGACUUUUUCAUGUCAAGCACAGCCAAAUCCCAAAUUAAUAGAAAAGAUCUUCAUUAACAUAAAUGGUUUGACGAGUACAACUAUUCUCUUAAUUAUAAUUAUUCAUGUAUGCAGGUGUUUGCAGGAAUAUUUGCUCAUGGGUAGUCUGAGAGGGAUUUAAUCUUCACAAAUCCAUUGCGUUGUUUGCAUAAAACUCUCAAUUCUUUCACAUUAGUUUCAUGUUAGAGAAAACAGCAUAUAUGAUUUAUAUUAGCAUAUGAGGAGUCUUGGAGAAUUAUAGUUGGAUAAAUGCCAUGCUGCGUCUGCCCUACUCCUAUGCAUGGAUUAAAAUCAUAGAACUGGAGGGUUAAUUGAGAGCAGAGGUUCAUACCUCUGAAUAAAUUUAGAGGAGAAACCAUUCCUGGUUGAUAAUCUGAUUACAUUUAAAAAUUAAAAACACUGCUAUUAUUUUAUAGUACUUCUACACCUCUGUAGAAUAGAUAAUUAACAUUCAUCUUCCCUACAACUAUCUAAUUCUUGUUUGAUGCAACAGUGAUCACAUUGCAGAACUAAGAUACUGUAGUAAUUAAUUAUUACUGUCAAAGUCCGUAUGUUUUUACUGCCUCGUGCAAACAGUUAGUAUAUAGAAAAAUGUAUUUGCCCUCUUUCCUAUGCAAAAAAGUCACCAUUAAAUCCUUCAAGAAUGUUUAAAUUGUUAAAUUUUGAACUGCAAGAGGUUUCUGGAAAAAAUAGUGAUGUGUUGUUCC